CUUGGUACGCCUUGCUUGCUUGCCUUGCCGCCCUGGGCUGCCCCGACCUUCCUCUUCUAGAAGGUGACCUGGUGCGGCAACGGCCAUGCACGAUCGCUCCGAAGAUGCAUCUGCAACCACCUCUGACCCAAUCACACUCGGCAGAAAGGGGGACAGGACGACGAGGAGGAGGGGUGAGAAGCAUGGAUGGCAGGCACCUCCGACGCGCCUUGCUCUGUCUGGUUUGAUCCGUGUCGCGCCCCUUCUCACAAUCUCGAUGAUCCGACUUUGGACCACCCCCUCCCUCCCUUUCUUCACCACCAUCUCCAUUGUAGUGAAGGCGACCACGCUAGAUCGUAUACCCCAUCGCCGCUCACGCUCCUUCAGGGACAGGUCCCUUUUCCUCCGUCUCCUUCCCCUCCUCCUUGCUCCAUCUCUAGCGACUCUCGGGCAGGCCUGUCAGCUCCCUAGCUCCUUCCUCGACCUCUUCUCGAUCUCUCUUCUAUCCUCACCUCCUCUGCUUUCGGCUUCACUACCGAGACUGCUUCGCCUCUUCUAGAAGCUACCCGUCCCGGAGUAGCAGAAGGGCUGUUCGCGCUCCCACUUCCAUCGAAGGAGCUCCCUUGCUCAGCCUCGUACACUCUCUCCACGAUGCUUUGGACAGGCGCCAAAGGCAGUCGUGCCUCGUCGUCCAGGAUCGUUGUGUCUUGUCUGGCUGCUUUGCUUUCCACUGCGGCCCCUUCCUUCGCCGAUGUGGCAGUAGGUACACCUCUCGAUCAGCAGUACCCAAACGUAGCGCACCUCAGUCAAGACUUCUCUUGGACAUUUCCCGAGUCGACCUUCAAUAGCUCCACUGGGGCCCAGAUUACCUACACUACUU